UUCUGAUUUUGUACUCCUGCUCAGGGUGAACAUUGGUAAUAGUAGAUGAUUUAUAAUGUGUGCAUUGGCCAGGGUACAUUUAGAGCUAGAACUACUUCGUUUUUUCUAACGUAUAGGCAACGUUUUCCCUGAAAGUUUGAAUUAUGUAUUGAUAACCAUCUCAUGCUUCUGCUGUAUUGUAAUCGACCGAUGAGACAAUUGCUUUAAAACGUUUAUGGCAAUAUCACAAAAAAUGGUAUAUCAUAAAAAGAUGUAACGCAUUAAAAGGAACAUCAAAUACUACGAUGAUACCUUUUUGUGAUAUAACGUUCAGCCAUCCGAAUGGAUGCAUUAUGGCACAAUGCAAAUAUCGAAACUCUUCAUUAUCAUCUGAAUAAGGCGUGAAAUAAUUUUACAUUAAACAUUUUGGCCCCAUUUCAUCCAUUCAUUGUGUCGAAUAUUUCCUUUUUCAAUAACUUCAAAUUCCGUCUCUUGUUUUUAUAAAUUGCACGGUGACUUGACACCAAGCUGCCCAUAGAGCACAUUGGGUUUUGUUCUCGAUCUGUUGAUAUAUCCAAAGCAUAAAAGCACACAAAAAAACGAUUGAAAAGAUGUUGAGUGUUUACAAUUCAAUAUAAUGAGGUUUUGCUUUUAUACGAAAGCGUAAUAAAACACGCAACAACUUAUUAUAUCAUUGGAGAGCUUGUUGUUGGAAAUCUUUACAUUUAAAUAGCCUAAAAUAGACAGUAUCGUGGCUUUACGUGUGUGCAUAGCCUAUGCUUAAAUGUAUUAAUUAUUCAACGUGGCAUAAAGUACAGGCCUCGAAUGGAAGUGUAUGUGUUAAUAUUCGAUAAUGUGAUGUUUAGCUUUUAUCCUACCCGAAAUAUUUAUUCACAUUUUCCCACAUUAGUCGCUCUUCAAUUGUUUUAUGAUUAUAAAAAAAAGUGUAGCCUAUAGAGAAAAAACACAGCCCUGUUUUGAAUGGGCUUUUAUUCUAUUAACUGCGCACACUAUUUGCACUCAUCACCUCAUCAUAACAUGAAUAACAGAUUCUGAUUGAAUUAUUUCUGUACACUUUCCUCGCAGAGAUUGCACGCUCAGCAUGUCACUUGUUGUAUUGUUUAGGAGCCCGUUGGUUUUUGCCGCAAUGGUCGUUAACCUCCGAAUGACCCCGUGUGGAGCCCACGCCUCACAGAGCUCCGCAGACAGGCAGUGCGCCAGUUUGGCCAGAGGAUGGCGCACCACGACAAUUCAAAACACCCAAACCGUAGCUCAGAGUUGGCCCUAUAGUCACGAGCGCAUGGGGCGCGCUCCCUUCUCAUCCCACCCAGUAUUUCCUCCGUGCACGAGUUUACCUCUGGAGGUCACCAAGCAGGAUUUACGACUGGUCAACAAAAGCACGUGAUACUAUGCCGUACCCCAUAUUUGGGUGCCUACGUAAGAGAGAAUCAAGUCCAUGUCCCACUCAUUUCCAUAAUUCAUCAUAAAUUGUGCAAGGGUGCUAUAGGACGCGCUAAACCAUAAGAGCCACAAAUCAAGCACACAGGUUUAGUAUUUUAUCUUUGAAUUUUAUAAAAACAACAACAAUACUUACUACGAGCGAACGGAGGAAUUGUCAACAAAUGAGCUCCUAUUUUGUGAACUCAUUCUGCGGUCGGUAUCCCAAUGGCGCGGACUUCCAGUUACAUAAUUAUGGAGACCAUAAUACGGAAAACGAGCAAUACAGAGACUCAACAGCCAUGCACUCGAACAGGUAUGGCUAUGGCUACAACGGGAUGGACCUAACAGUUGGUCGGACCGGUACCGGACACUUUGUGGGCGACGAGCAGACACCAGGCUACUCCCCGAGUCAUUCAGCGGCGACAACACCCUCGGUGGAGCCGGUCAGGUACAACCAGUCUGCCAGCAACAACAGGACACCGUCUCUCUCGCCACCACCUGACCCACUACCGUGCUCCUCGGUCGCCACCUCUUCCCCGGUCCACGAAACUCAAUCUCAACACCGAGCCGUGAAAAACUCUUUAAACACCCCGUGCUCGAGCUCUAACGGAGGCUCGCUGCUGCUCAGCCGGGACUGUGUGUCCAAAUCUUCCCCCCUCGAGGAAGAGAAACCUACGGGAAGCGCACCAACAACUCCUCAAAAUGUCACCGACUCAUCACAGCCACAGAUAUACCCGUGGAUGAGAAAACUUCACAUAAAUCAUGAUUUGUCAGGACCAGAGGGUAAGAGAGCCAGGACUGCAUACACCCGGUACCAGACCCUGGAGCUGGAGAAGGAGUUCCACUUCAACCGGUACCUGACCCGCAGAAGGAGGAUCGAGAUAGCCCAUGCCCUCUGCCUCUCAGAGAGACAGAUCAAAAUCUGGUUUCAGAACCGCAGGAUGAAGUGGAAGAAAGACAACAAGCUGAAGAGCAUGAACAUGGCGUCUGCAGGCGGGGGAGGCUACAGGCCUUGAUAUUCACUCCUCUACCCCUGAUAACGAGCACUAUAAAAAAAAUAAAACAAAGAUUGUCAUAUCACAUUCUCCUCCUAAUUCAAAAAGCGCAGAGACUUGUGAACGGGCCGUGUGCGGGACAAGGGACAUCCCACUUGAGCCCAUUGUAUGUCCAGCAACUGUCCCAUUAUAUUCCUUAAUAUUAUUUACUCUUUAUUUCCACCGUGGUAAUGCUUAUGUAAGGAAAAAAAUACAUUAUGUACAGUUAUGUCUAGAUUUAGAAGAAAAAGAGAGAAAAUAAAUGUUUGUUUAAAUUAUUUCCUGUUCAGACAAAGAAAAAAAAGAAAAACGCUUGAAAUGCUACCUAUUCACCGCAAAUAAAUCCAGUAAAAGUUGUGUGAUAAGAACAAUACCAGCCUAAUAAAAAGAGGGUUGAGGUUGAGCUGUUUAGCCUUCGUUUUCUAUAUGUACUGUAUAUGUAUGUAUUUAUUUGUGUGAUGUAUUGUAUCAAUUUGUCAGAUAACUUGCUUCCAAAAGUAGAACCAGCAGAGCGUGAGCCUUGUGUGGUCAUUGUGUGCAUUGUAAACACAUGUAUGGACAGAGGUGCAGACUCAGUCUUGUAUGUACAGUAUAGCUGUGCCUUGCAUCUUUAUUUUGUAUUAUUUUUUUGCUGCUGUUUGCGUUGUUCACCUGGACGCAACAUCUGAGUAAAACGAGUUUUAUCUUUGUUUUCUCAUAGCUGUUUUAUGUGGAGGUUCCCCACAGUAAAUCGCAUUGCCUAUGUGUAUAACUCCAUCGUGUUUAGCUUUUUGUAAAUGUUUUUCAAAGACUGGAAGUCAAGAAUAUACUAUAAUAAUAAUAAUAAUAAUAAUAAUAAUAAUAAUAAUGAUGAUGAUGAUGAUGAUGAUGAUGGCCAUAAUAAACUUUCUACUGGAACGGCAACAUUA